UCCUCCUAGUCGCCCCGGGUCCACACUCCUCCACAGCCCCUCCGAAUCGGCCGCCACGGGAAAUGGGGAAACGCCGCCGGCCCGUGCUGCAGUACGCCAGCAGCGACGACGACGACGACCACGCCAAUGCCGCGCCGGCGCCGGCGCCGCGGAGGCCCGCAGCCCCCGAGGAGGAGGAGUGGAACGGCGGGGACCCUGGCCAGAAGGCGGACGCGGAUGACGACGACGAAGACGGCCCGGUCGCGGUGCCCGUGGGGGACCCCGUGGAGGUCCUUGGCGACGAGAAGCAGUACGCCGCCUUCCAAUACGAGGGCAACGUCUACAAGCUCGAGGACUCGGCGAUGUUCUCGCCUGAAGAAAAGGACCAGAAGCCCUAUGUCGGCAUCAUCAAGGAGAUAAAUGAAAGUGAUGGAAGCUUAAAAGUAACUGCUCAGUGGUUUUACAGACCGGAAGAAGCUCUAAAAGAGGGUGGAGGUGACCCGAGGGAGUUAUUCUACAGUUUUCACCUUGAUGAUGUGGGAGCAGAGUCAGUUAUGCACACCUGCGUCGUCCAUUUCAUUCCUCAGCACAAGCAGGUGCCAAGUAAAAAGGAACACCCUGGAUUCAUUGUCCAACAGGUGUAUGACCACAAAGAGGACAAGUUUCAUCAGCUAACAGACACAGACUAUGAUGAUGACAAUCAGCUGGAGAUUGAUCUCCUUGUGUUCAAAACAAUGGACCGUAUUGGGGAGCUUCUUGAUCGUGAUCCUCAAGAUAUACCUCUUGACAAAUCUGAUAACUUACCAACACGAGGCAGGAAGAAGGGACCUCUCAAACCUAAGGAUGUCCCAAGAGAUGCUCCUGCAGGCAGGACUGAGCAAUUGAUAAGAGAAGAUACAGCUGGGAAUGAUAAUCUGAAGAAUCACGCCACCCCUUUCAGAUAUAAAGCAGCUACUGGUAAUAAGCAUCGUGACCAUUGGCUUGAGAAAUAUGUCAAAUCUAUUCUAGCGCUCCCUCAUUCGAGAAAUGAUAAUGAAAAUUCUUAUGCACCUAAGGAGGUUGUGUCAAUAGUGGCCUCCUUAGAGAGAUCAGCAUAUGAAGCUUUUCAUCCAGAAUUCGAAAAGUACAACCAGAAAAUGAGAUCAUUGUUGUUCAAUAUCGAGAAAAGCUCUGUACUGUGCAAGCGAUUGAUGAAAAAGGAGAUUGGUCCUCCAGUUCUGUUAACGAUGUCAGCUGAGGAACUUAAGGCUGGGUUGUUGCCAGCAGAGAUAGGACAUGAAUAUGAAGAAUCAACACAAUUGCAGCCGACUGAAGCCCGAUGUAGAAGCUGCAACGAAAAGAAUGUAGGCAUAAUCAAUAUCAUACAUGCCAAUCGUGGAGAUCGCUAUGAGGUUGAAUGUAAUUCCUGCAGAUCCAGAUGGUUUGCGUCUAGAGAUGAAGUCGUCUAGAAAUGACACAUCUUAAGAGGCAGCUACCGAGAUCACGUGACAUCAUCAAGCCGACAACUCCAGAAGAGGGAUGAACCCUUGCAGCCAUUGGCAGGGAUGACAUUAGCUUAGGCGCUCGUAUCUUUUCUAAUGUGCUUAACAUGUGAUAAAAUCUUCCAACUGUGCAUACUCAUGCUUUCAGAGCCAGAAGCUCUGCCGUUGGUAUUUUGACAUCUGCCUCUAAUCUUGGAAUAGUUGUAACCUCCGGCACCGCAGUCAUCUUUCUGUGUUGUGCGACUAAUCUAGGCGUGCCUGGUGAAUGAGUUGACAUGGCUAGUACGGGUAUUGUUCGUGUGUCUGGAUACUUCUUCUUGGACACGUAUUAUCUUAUUAGUGAAUUUCGCUGGUUUCAUGA